AUGGCCGACACGUCGGGUCUUCAGGAUCCUCUGGCGGAUAAAGGGCCGGAACAGACGACGACGACGACGGUGCUCCUCGUUCUUGCGACCAUUUUCGUGGCCCUCCGGUUCUGGGCGCGUUGGUCGGUCGGAUUCAAGUAUGGCCUCGAUGACUGGUUCAUGGUGGUCGGCUUGGCCGUCACAUUCAUGGCCGGAGCCAUCAACUAUGCGAUGGUAGCACAGGGUCUCGGCCGGCACGCCGCCACCCUCCCGCAAGAGAUGCAAGUGCAGUUCCUGAAGCUGCUGCUGGCAUUCGAGUGCAUAUACGUCACGGCGGUCAUGUUCAUCAAGAUCUCUUUGCUGCUGAUGUACUGCCGCAUCUUCCCGUCGCGCAACUUCAAGAUAGCGGCCAUGACGCUCGGCGGCAUCACCAUCGCCUGGUGCAUCGCCAUCGUCUUCGUGUGCAUCUUCCAGUGCACGCCCGUCGCCAAGGCAUACAUGCCGUGGAUCGACGGCACCUGCAUCGACCUCAAGGCCUCGUUCAUCGGCAACGCCAUCCCUAACAUUCUGACCGAUGUCGCCAUUCUCUGCCUGCCCAUCGGUCAAGUGUGGAAGUUGCAGGUCACGUUGGCACAAAGGCUGUCGUUGUGCUUCAUGUUCCUCCUGGGCGGAUUCGUUCUGUUCGCAAGCAUUUACCGGUUUACAACUCUCAUGCAAUUUCAAAUCGCUGACACGACGUCGCCGACGCUGACCACAUCAUUGCCAUCAACAGGGACGCUCGCCACCGCGUGCACGUGGUGCGUCGUUGAAUGCGCGUGCGGCGUCAUCAGCGCAUGCCUGCCGACGCUCCGCCCGCUCAUGGUCAAGAUAUCGACGCAGUUCGGUAGCAUAGCGACCAAGUACAACCUUUCGGGCGGCCAGAGCGGCGGCCGCUCCAAGGCAGGGAGCCGUGGACCGACGGAGCUCUUGACGAUCGGGGGCACCGGCGGCAAGUCGGCCGACAAGGGGUUCCAGCGGCUGGGAACGGAGGACAGGAAGUACGGCAUCACGACCAACAUCACGAUGCGAGCGGACGAUGCGGCCACCAAGGCCGCUCCCGAGCCGGACUCGGGCAACGACCUCUCGCUCAAGGGCGGCAUACGCAUCAAGGUCGAUCAGGAGGUCUGCUGGAGCGAGAGCCGGGCGCGACAGGACGUCAAGUACGACGAGUCUUCGUCGCGGAGCGGUUCCUCGCACAUGGGCGCCAACCAGGUCUGA